GAUGUGCCUUUCAAAGCUGUUGUGCUCGAGUGAGCUGUGCUAAGGUAGCACUUGGGAGAAAGUCCGUGGGAUAUGGGACAUUGAACCUUAGCGUUUGACGGAGUUGUCUGCAAGACCUCCUCCAAUCCCUUGAUUAAGUAUCCUCCAAGUAUUACUGAAUUAUGUUUGAAAGUUGUUGGAAUUUCAGAGCAGAAUAGUUUUCGGCCCCAGACAAGCCACUACGGGAAACAUUUCACCGUGGGGCAGCGGCUUUCGUCCGAUCACUUCCCGCGACUUCACAACAUCAACUCUCAAGAUGUGAGCCCCUUUCAUAUGAAGGCAACCCGCCCUUCACUUCUUAAACUCUUUCAUCAAUGGCCUCGAGUCCAUUUUCUGCCUCCUCACAUCCAUCACCAUCCUAAUUCCAACCUCAAAAUGACUACAACAGCAGCAAUCAACCCUUCCAAACCACCCAUCGUGGACGACAAAUCUCCCCACUGCAUCCCCUUCAUCCUCACCCUCCUCUCUCAACACCUCAUCAAUAACCCCUCAACCCCCUUCACCAUAGGCCUAAACGGCAUCCAAGGCGCCGGAAAAACAACCCUCGUCUCGACCCUCUCCUCCCUCCUAUCCUCCCCGCCACACAACCUCCCCACCCUCGUCCUCUCAAUCGACGACCUCUACCUCCCUCACGCCGCCCAAACCCAUCUCGCCGCCUCGCACCCCUCCAAUGCGCUCAUCCAGCACCGCGGCGAGCCCGGGACGCACGAUAUGGAUCUCGCUGCCUCUGUAUUCUCUGCCUUGAAAGCCGGGGCCGAGACACGAAUUCCGUGUUACGACAAGAGUCUACACAACGGGGCUGGGGACCGCAUCCCUGAAUCGGAAUGGCGCACCGUUAAUAAACCCUCCGAGCCGAAGAUCGCGGUUAUCAUAAUAGAAGGCUGGUGUGUAGGGUUCCGGUCUCUGCCUCCGUCUUCUAUCCAACACCUACAGGCCCAGCCCUCGAAAACGCUAGCGAAGCAUAAAUUAGAAAAUUUGUUGUUCGUGAAUGAGAAAUUGGAGGAGUAUGAGGUGAUCAAUGGGGCGUUGGAUGCGUUUAUACAUAUCGAUGCGGCGGAGACGGGGUGGGUUUAUGAGUGGAGGCAAGAGCAGGAGGAUGCGUUGAGGAAGGAGAGGGGGAUGGGGAUGACGAGGGAGCAGGUGGAGAGGUUUGUGGAUGGGUAUUAUCCUGCGUAUGAGCUCUAUACGGAGCCGUUGCGAGAGGGCAUUUUCAAGGGCAAGGAGGGUGGGGAGGGGAGACAGUUGAGGUUGGUUGUUAGGAGGGAUAGGAGGGUUAAGGAGGUUAUUAAGGUUUGAGAGGGUGAAGGGAGGCGAAGUGUAAUGUAUGUCCAUAGCAACUACAAAGCUGUAUAUAGCGCGAAAGCCAAUGGGUAUCUCUGCUG